GUAAAUUUAGGGAAAAUGGCACAAAACCCCCCAAAUUCCCUUUUAACCUUGGCGGUCAUUUGACUUCAGCAGUUUCCCUAAAAGUUCCCCAAAAUUGGAAGCUCGGGUCUGUUCUAAAUGAAAUACUUGCUCUUAUCAAUAUUUGACAUGCUUGUAGGCAUGUCUCGAUUGUCACAAAGCAGCAGAUUCAAAUAGAAUAUUCGAAUGAUAGUAUGAGAAAAUUUUCGAAAACACCCGGGGAAGCCACAUAUCCCCAUUAUCAGUGACGGGUGUGAUUUUGUUCAGUGAAACAUCAAAGUGAGACCAUGUUUAUUUAAGUAUUAUUCUGAAAAUUUCUUCUAAGAAUGUGACAGCAUACAGUGAGACUUGGCAGUCGUUAAAAUUGAUCCCUGCACCUAGAAAACGGGAAGGAAAAGUUUUUAGUGUAGACUAUUAAUGAUAUUGUCUUUCUCUUGAUAGCAGUUAUGCAGCUUAACUUUUAUGUGACGAAAACCUUGUGUUUCUAACAAACUUAUGUCUUGUUGGAGAUAUGUGUCCACAUCACCCAGUUCCCCUUCAGUAGUGCUUUCCUCAUUAAAUUUUUCGGGGUUGUUUGUGAUUACCUUGUUAAAUGAAGAUAAUAAUAAACAUUCACAAUGUCUGAGCUCCGCGUCGCUGAAAUAUCUGAAGAUACUGCAGAUAACCUAAAAAAGUUCAAAUUUCGAAAAUCCCAGAACACAAUUGCCCUCAUAUUGAAAAUUGAUAAAGAAGCUUUGAAAAUCGAACCAGAACAAAUACUUGAAGAUAUUACACUUAACAAUCUCAAAGAUUCUUUACCGUACCAUCAACCAAGAUAUAUUCUUUUAAGUUACCGUUAUGAAAAGGAGGAUGGUCGAGUAACAUUUCCAUACUGUCUAUUAUUUUCAACUCCGAUGGGUUCUGCUACUAACCUGAAGAUGAUGUAUACCACAAGUCUUACAAAUCUGAUGCAUAAAAGCGGAGUUACGAAGGUUUUUGAGCUCAGAGACCUGGAAGAACUUUCGGAUGAAUGGUUACAAGAAAACCUGGAUCGCACAACUUGAGUUAAUAAAUUGAUCUUCAGAUCCAAUUUUGUUAAUUUUUUUACAUAAAUUGAAAUCCAUGUUAUA